AAGUGGGUGGCUGUUCGUAGAUCUUUAAUGUAUUAUUUCGGUGUAAGUCUUGGUGUGGAUGAGUUUUAGAUCUGCGCGAUGAAUGUCCGCCCUAGCUGGCAGGGCGAUCUGUAAGGUAUUGCUAGUAAAUAAAUCGGUUGCGAGUCAGCGGGGUGAAGGAGCAGCGAGGAAGGAACUGUUUUUUUCUGCUCUGAUGGAGCAGUUUUUAAACACGCUGCAGUCUGUUUGACCUGCAACGAGGGGGCCGAGCAAUGAAUAAGCCCAAAAUGGCAACCGAGAAAGGCAUCCCCAGCAGUUCCCGGGUGCUGAUGUUACUCGGGCAGUUGGAGAGGUUCAAUGGAGAAACCCUGCACCCGGACAGCGAGGCUAUUAGACAAGUGACUGGCAAAAUCCUGCACCUUAUCCAGACUCAAGAGAAGACGCAUAAGGAGAUCAUGGCUAAAGGCUCGAGCGGGAUGGAGGUUAUACUUUCAUCCCUAGAGAAUACACAUGAUUUGCAGACAACUUUGAACAUCUUGGCCAUUUUGAAUGAGCUGCUGACUGUGGGUGGCGGCCGCAGGAUCGGCGUGUUCGUGUCUAAAGGAGGAACCGCCAUCCUCCUGCAGAUACUGAUAAGCUCUUGCAGAGAAACAUCCCCCAGUGAAGAGCUCAUGCAGCAGGUCCACUCCCUACUGGCCAAAGUAGGACCUAAAGACAGGAAGUUUGGAAUUAAAGCGCGUCUGAACGGGGCUCUGAACGUCACCAUAAAUCUGCUGAAGCAAAACCUGCAGAAUUACAAGCUGCUGCUGCCGUGCUUGCAGGUGCUCCGUGUCUACGCCGGCAACUCAGUGAACGCCGUGUCUCUGGGAAAGAACGGCGUCGUGGAGAUGAUGUUCAAAGUGAUCGGACCCUACAGCAAGAAGAACACCACUCUGCUGAAAGUAGCCCUUGAUACUUUGGCAGCUUUGCUGAAAUCCAAGAUGAACGCGCGGCGGGCGGUAGACAGGGGACACUUGCCAGCUCUGCUCGCCAUCUACCAGGACUGGCACCGGAACGACACGCGCCACAGACACGUGCUCAUUCGCAAGAGUAUCCUGGGCUGCAUCAAAAACAUCACCAACAUCAAGCUGGGGAGGAAGGCCUUCAUCGACGCGGACGGCAUGAGGAUUCUCUACAACACUUCCACUGAAUGUUUGCCUGUUAGGACUUUGGAUCCUCUGGUCAACAUUUCCAGCCUGAUCAUGAGAAAGUGCUUUCCGAAGAACCGCUUGCCUCUGCCCACUAUUAAGAGCGUCUUUCAUUACCCACUACCGCACGUUCCAGCUAGCGGCCCCGUAGCUCAGCUCUACAACCAGCCCCCGGGGGUGGACGACGUUGUAGAUGAGAGCGAUGAUAAUGAGGACACAGAGAUCGACACAGAGAAUGAGGAAGAUGAGAAGGACCACAAGUCACAGCAUGAUGACGUCGAGACUGACAUUAACAAACUGCGACCAAGACACAUCCCCAUACGCCCAUUUGAUGAACUUAGACCUUUUGAGCGUUUCUUUCCAGAAUUUUCGGAGGAUUUUCAGGACUAUGAAUUUGAGACCAACAAAUCAACAUCCCCUCCUGCUCCGGAAGCUCCAAAACACCAAAAACACUCCAUAGUCAUCCCUACAGCUCAGACCAAACCCAAAAACAAGCCCUUGCACCAGAACGAGGGGGGAAAACCAGUGGGACUGGACAACAUCUCGGUCUCCAAAGCUCCAGAGCUGGUACACGGUCUCAGUCGGCUGCUGCUCGAUACCGCCGAUCCGGUGAAUGGGGGAAACUGUGUGGAGGCGGGGCUUCAGGAAGAGGGAGGGGAGCAGGCGGAGCUUGAGGUGCCCGAUACUGCUGCUCUUUUGCCUUUGCAUGACCCUGAUCUGUACUUGGAGAUGGUGAAAGGAACGUUCUCGGUGCCUGGGUACACUGAGGUGGCGUACCCAGAUUAUUUUGGUCACGUGGCACCCAGCUUUCGUGAGCACAUUCUCGAGAGGGUUUAUGGUGUACAGAGGGCAAAAAUUUUCCAGGAUAUUGAGAGGCUCAUUCACCCAAGUGAUAUCAUGGAUAAAGUCGUGUACGAUCUUGACCUGCAGAGCUGUCCGUUAAUUGAUGACGGCGAGUCUCUGAAGUUCAACUCGCAGUUUGAAUCGGGGAACAUGCGCAAAGCAAUUCAAGUCAGAAAAUUCGAGUAUGACUUGGUGCUAAACUCGGACAUCAACAGUAACCACUAUCACCAGUGGUUUUACUUUGAGGUGAGCGGCAUGCGAGUUGGGGUACCGUAUCGCUUCAACAUCAUCAACUGUGAAAAAUCCAACAGCCAGUUUAACUACGGCAUGCAGGCGCUCAUGUACUCGGUACAGGAAGCGAUCGGGGGCAACCCUCGAUGGGUUCGUACCGGAUCGGACAUCUGCUACUACAAGAACCAUUUCUCACGGAGCUCCAUUGCAACAGGAGGUCAGAAGGGCAAAUCCUACUACACCAUCACCUUUACUGUGACCUUUCAACACAAGGACGAUGUCUGUUACUUUGCCUAUCAUUACCCAUACACCUACUCGACCCUGAAGAUGCAUCUCCAGAAGCUGCGAACACUGUGCACUUCGCACAUCUACUACAGACAGCAGCAGCUUUGCAAGACGCUCGGUGGAAACGACUGCCCUCUGCUGACCAUCACGGCCAUGCCGGAGUCUUCCAGCAAUGACCACGUUUGCCAAUUUAAGAACCGGCCGCUCGUGUUCCUCUCGGCACGCGUUCACCCCAGCGAGACCAACGCCAGCUGGGUGAUGAAGGGCACGCUGGAGUUCCUGAUGAGCUCCAGCCCUCUGGCGCAGAGUCUUCGGGAGAGCUACAUAUUCAAAAUCAUCCCUAUGCUCAACCCAGAUGGCGUCAUCAAUGGCAGUCACAGAUGUUCUCUGAGCGGUGAGGAUCUGAACAGGCAGUGGCAGAGCCCCAGUCCGGAGCUUCACCCCACCAUCUACCACACCAAGAGUCUGCUGCAGUACCUCAGCGCUAUCGGGAGAGCACCACUGGUUUUCUGUGACUACCACGGCCACUCAAGGAAGAAGAACGUGUUUAUGUACGGCUGCAGUGUCAAGGAGACGGUGUGGCAGACCAACGUCAGUGCCAGUUCCUGUGACCUGCAGGAAGAUUUGGGAUACAGGACUCUCCCUAAGUUGCUGUCUCAGCUGGCUCCAGCCUUUAGCUUGUCCAGCUGCAGCUUUGUAGUGGAGCGCUCUAAAGAGUCAACAGCGCGAGUGGUGGUGUGGAGGGAGAUCGGCGUCCAGCGUAGCUACACCAUGGAGAGCACACUGUGCGGCUGUGACCAGGGCAAAUACAAGGGUCUUCAGAUCGGAACAAGGGAGCUGGAGGAAAUGGGAGCCCAGUUCUGUGUGGCUCUGCUCAGACUUCGACGCCACACGUCACCCCUGGAGUUGCGCAACCACAACACUCACCUGCUGGAUGUAGAAAGUGAACUGAUAGACACAAGCUGCAAUGUUACCUGCCCCACCACUUACGUAAUGGAGGAAGAUGAGCCUGCGUUUCUCGAAGAUGUGGACUACAGCGCUGAAAGCGACAACGAUAACGACCCUGAACUCGAACCUGCCCACCUGGACCUGAACUCGGACCCUGAACUCAACCACCAAGAGUCUUUGACCUAAGGGCCAAUUAGUUCUUAAAUUGAGACACAACCUCACAAAUACCAAAACCCAGUCCUAGUUACUGAUACGCUAAUUAAACAUCUUUAAAAUCUACUUAACAGAUACCAGAGUCAUAUUGGUAUAUAUGACAUUAAUCAAAUUUGAUUCUAUACACAUAAGGUAACAUAAGAUCUACAGUACUCUACUCUGACUUGUUAAAUUCACAACACUAUAUAUACACACACACAGAAUGGUUGGACAGAAUCUAACUGUAGCUAGUAAGGAACUAAAUGUUUAAAAAAAAAAGAAAUGCUGAUCGCCUUAGCAAUUUCAAGUCAUUCAGAACAAUAUUAAUGGUGCUACAAAUGGACGUUUCACAUUUCAUUAUGUUCACAUAGACUAGAGUCGAAGCUGCCUUUCUUUGAAACCUUAAAGCAUUGACAUAGUAAUCACGUCAUUAUAUCAUUAUAAUAGUGUUCCAUUACAGCACAUUUUACAUUAUUGCAUGGCCGAAGGAAAAAACCUCACUGCGCACCCACCACCAUACUUCAUUUUGCGAUUCAGUGUAAUGAAUGUAAAACCGGGUUUGAUCUUAUCACUCGUGUACUUGCUGUCUGAUUGCAGCUCAGUAGUGUGAACAGGUACAAUACUGGAUUGGUAUCGCAUCAGUCAUGGUCUGAUCUUACAGCCGUUUGCACCAUUUCACAACAAACAAAAGAAAAAAAAGACUUUAAGUGGAAGAGCUCUUGUGCUUUGAUUUCCAUAUGGAAUUAUUUCUGUCGUGUUCGUAUGACAAGUGCAUGACUCUUGAAUGUCGCUUUUGUAAUUUAUUUUAUUUGUUUGAAACAUUUUCUUUUUUUGGCGGAGGGGCUGUUGUAGCUUUGUAUGUGAAUGUAAGAGUGUGUGUGUGUGUGGCUUAAAUGUGUAUGGAAGAUACAGUUCGAAAUGUAUUUGAUUUUAAACACGACUGUCCAACCUCUGACUGAAGUGAAAGUAAUAAAUAUUUAAAGGAAA